AGAAAGCACCGCGCGUCAGGGUCAGAAUUGUGUCUUGUGUCCAGCAGUUCUGUUUUGUAGCCUAAUCUCAAUCCAUAUAUCGAGUCAAUUUCAAUCUAAAACACUUUCACAGAGUUAUGUAAACCGUAGAUUGUGAAACGCGCUCUCGAUAAAGCGUCCGCGUUCCUUUCGGUUGUUUGUUUAUGUGUAAGAACGGUGCUACCGUGGUCGCGACUCCUCCCGUGCUGGAUUGUUGUGGAGGGUUUAAUAACGUGGAUUACAGCAAGGUGGACCUGCCAGUCAUGGACAAGGUUCUGGGGCUCGUGGAUGUGUCUGAUCCCAGGUUCUGUGUGGCCGUCAUCGCUAUCCUCUUCAACCCUUUCUUUUGGAAUGUGAUGGCGCGCUGGGAGCACAGGACCAGGGGUCUGACCAGGUUGCUUGGAGGUCCUUACCUGGCCUGCUACUGCUUAGGCUUCCUCAUCCUACUGCUAAAUGUCUACCGCAGCCACAGUAUUACAGUGGCGAUAAGGGCCCAAGUGAGGUGGGAGAUGUUGUCCAGCCAGGAGGUCUUCUACCUGGGGGCAGCUCUCAUGGUGCUGGGGUCUGUCCUGGUGGUGACCAGUUUCCUGGCACUGGGGUUUACCGGAACCUUCCUUGGAGACUACUUUGGUAUCCUGAUGGAUCAGAAGGUAACCAGCUUUCCCUUCAAUGUGACAGAAAACCCCAUGUACUGGGGCAGCACUGCCAACUACCUGGGCCUGGCACUCAUUCCCGGGAUGUAAUUGGUCUCUUACACUACAGCAAUCGUCCUGCAACAAAGAACCUCAAGUGGGUCAAGAGACCUCUGUAAACAUCUAUGUGUGUGUCUGUUGCCUCUCUCUGGCCUUGCUGUUUCAGAGUGUGUGUUUGGCUUCACUAGUCUUCAUGUGGGAUGUGUGAGCAGACAACUGGAGGGCUAGCGGCAGACGCUGCUAAUGACCUCUUUGUUUUUCCCAAGAUGGUUUUAAGUGUGUUUUAAAGAAGAACAACUGUUCAGUUAGGAUGUAGUAAACUCUGUGUUUCUCUCAAUGUGUGUUUCUGUGUGUGUUUAUUGUAUUCACAGGUGGGUGGUUCAGUUGUAAUUCAAUUGAAUGAAAUAUUCCUCAGAUAAGAUGCGAUCACCGUGACCCAUAAGGACCCACCUACCCGGUCAUUUACUCCUCACUUCUCAGCCUCUCUCUUAACACGGUCCAUGUCUCUCUCUCUCCCUUGCUCCGUCUUAUUUGCUCUCUUUCCUCUCUUUCUCUCUCUCUCUGUCAUUCUCUUCUGUCUCUGUCUGUUCCCAGACCAGGGUACUGCAGCAGGAAUCAUAUUACCAUUGAGCUCUCAUGGCCAAUAUACCAGGCUAAUUAGAUAUCUUUGAGAUGAAGACAAAGGAGAACCACUGGCACACACCCACACACACACAGACACACACAUACACACACAUACACAGGGGCUUCUCUAUCUAAUAGUCAAGAGCAGCUGAUGUACCUGCAGUCAGAUAGGUACAGGUUUUCUUAUCAGCAUAUCCACUCACUGUAGCAUAAUACUAUACUUUAUAAUCUGUUGUUAUGUAACUGACCCACCACUGUCCCCUGCUGAUCCUACUCGGGUCAUCUACUGGACAUACUGGACUGCUCUCUAUUAUCUUUUGUUCUCCACAAAGUGAUAUUUAAUAAAUAGUCCAUGACAGGCCAUGGGAUUUGGUUAUUAUUUCAUGGCUAAGGUGCGUUGUUUGGCCACCUUAGCUGGAAUAUAAUAACCAUAUACCAAUGUCUGUCGUGAGCUAUUGCUUGAAUACUUUAUACAUCUAGGUCAGACUCUUACCUGUCCUACUGUAACAGUAGCUCCCAACCGGGCCACGUUCUGUAGCCUUAGAUCAUUGUCCCCUCUCUUCUCACGAUAGGCCACAGCCAGUUCUGUGUAAGAGAAAGAGAGAGACCAACUAGUUUACUUACACAACGUGGAUAAGCAACACCUCAAGGAGUGGACCCGUUUGUGCCGGAGUCAAAGAAAGUGUCAUGGUGGUUGGAUUCCUCUCUUGAAAACUCUACAUUUAGAACCCGACAUUAAGAAUGCGAAGUAGAGCCCUCAGAGCUGACUGACCCAGACAUGAGUGUUAACAGUCUUGUGUCUGCCUACCAAGGCUAACCAACAGCCUGCUGUUAAAAUAUGCAUGGACUCGUAUCUCUGAUAUGUCUUAGUAUUAUAGUCUCUCCUUCUCUCCUCUCUGUGUGUGUCUGUCUCUUCCAUCCCCUAGUCUAGCCCAGCCAAGCCUGCAGGCUCCAGGACUGGACCCUCCAUCUGCCAGACAGAUAGUACUGAAUAACAACCCAUAUUAACACUGAAUGUUUUGGACUGUCCUCGUGUGCCGCUGAGUCACGUCCAGACCGGUCGAAUGUGUGUAUGAGUGUGUGUGCAGCUGGUGCUGUUGUGCCAUUGGGAACAUUCUUGGGUCCAACGAGGCUGAGUAGAGCACACAUUGAAAGCAGAACAAAAGGUUUGGAUAAUCCAAAACGCUGAGGGAAAGUAUAGAAUAGAGCAAUCAAAAGAAGGAAAAGAGCAAUUUAAACUAGCAUGUGUGAACUUCCUCUAGCACCCCAGUAAUCAAGGAACCAGGUCAAGACUGGUUACGCCACCAACGGGGUCAGCAGGAUACUGGAUCCAGACAGCCAUUACUUUGCCCCCCUCAUAUGCCUUUUCCACCAUCACUUAGCCCACUUAGAUCAUUUGACCUAAUGAGAGGACAACGGGAUGUGUAUCAACACACUUAAGUCAUUUGGCUUCCGUCUAUUUUUCAGAUCUUACCGGGCAUGUUGUCUGUAGGACUCUCAAAUCCAGGUCAGGAAAAAGCUUAUGAGGGCAGCGUGUGUAGAGGGCGUGGCAUGUGUUUGUCAGCAUGGCUCUUCUGGGUGGUCCAGAAAAUCUUGACAAGGAAUCAAAAUUGCAAGGACUAGGCCUGUGUGUGUUUAAGUGUGUAUGUGUGUUAUAUAGGUACAACAUUUUUUGUGUCU